CUGUGAGAUAUUCAACCAUCUAAACUGCUCGUGUCUGGCGAUGCCUGCAACUUCGCAUCUUGUCCACCACCACGGCUUCUAGAGAUCCUCAGAGAUAUCUCUCUCAGUCAUGGCCAUCGCUUCGUCAUCCUCUAAUCCGUUCGCUCAUCUCAUCUCUCAAGAGAUCGCUGUCAUACCAAUAUUCACUUUGGAAUCUGGAGUGGAGGUUCGAGAUGUCCCUGUAGCUUACAAGACAUGGGGCAAGCUUAAUGCGGCGAGAGACAACUGUUUGGUAAUAUGUCAUGCUUUGACAGGCAGCGCAGACGUGGAAGAUUGGUGGGGACCGUUACUUGGUCCAGACAAAGCCUUUGACCCCACGCGCUUCUUCAUCUUCUGUGCGAACGUGAUUGGGUCACCAUAUGGUACGAUAUCGAGCGUGACUACAAAUCCGGAGACUGGACUGCCGUUUGGACCAGAGAUGCCGGGAAGUAGUGUCAAGGAUGAUGUCAGGCUGCAUUACACGAUCCUCAAGCGGCUCGGCGUCCGGUCAGUCGCUGCUGUCAUAGGAGGAUCCAUGGGCGGCAUGACCUGUCUGGAGUAUCCCCUCAACACACCUUCAGGGUUCGUCCGAGCUAUCAUCCCCCUUGCUACUUCUGCUCGACAUUCCGCGUGGUGUAUCUCCUGGGGCGAGGCACAACGGCAGUCUAUAUACUCUGAUCCAGAUUACAGAGAUGGGUACUACUUCCGAGACGAGGCUGGUAACAUCGAUCUGCGCAAUCAGCCGGGUCGUGGGUUGGCAGCUGCUCGGAUGGCCGCGCUCUUGACCUAUCGGAGUCGAGAUAGUUUCGAGUCGCGUUUCGGACGACGUUCUGGAGGAGGUAGUUCCAGCAAGGUACCCAGAGGCGGAGUCAGGAUCAUGGGAGGCGCGGAGACUACCAAUCCUGCGGAACCCAGUCAGUCGGAUUUGGAAAGGAGCGCGAGCGAGAGAGCAUGGCGAGAGCAUAACGAUGGUCAUAGGAGUUCUGUCAGCGGUUCAGCCGGUUCAACGUCUGGCAAACUCCAAAGCAACAGCAGCAGGUCGAGCGAGGCCAAGCUUGGAGCUGGUGCGGAGCGGACAAAGAUCUUCUCGGCUCAGUCAUACCUACGGUAUCAGGGCGAUAAAUUUACAGGUCGGUUUGAUGCCAACUGCUACAUUCACAUCACACGAAAGCUCGACACACAUGAUCUCUCCCAACCAUCCAAGUUCAGCGCCGGCAACAGUCUCUCCGCAUCUCUGACGCCAGUGGAUAACGGAGACGAGAGCGCACAGACGGAGUCGCUUAUACACGCUCUUUCGCUCCUUCCUCCGGCGCUUGUCAUUGGUAUAGAAUCGGACGGACUGUUUACCACUUCGGAGCAAAGAGAACUGGCAGCGCACAUUCCCGAUGCUGAACUAGUUGUCAUCCCCAGUCCUGAUGGUCACGAUGGCUUUCUCAUAGAGUUUGAGGCUAUCAAUGGUUGGAUCGAUGGUUGGCUACGGCGUAAAGUCCCUGAGUUCUACACGGAGAGAGCGCGCAUGAUGUCUCCGGAGGAAUAUGCGCAAGGGGCCGGAGACUUACACGACGGUUUCAACGUCAAGAAAGAGAGUGUCUUUGGGGAGGCGGAGGCGGACGUCACGGCUUGGUAG